AUGCAGAUUGUCGUCGGCAGCGAGGAGCCGCAGGAUAUCGCACUCAAGCGAUUCAAGCGGGAAGUCAUGAACACGGGACUCGUGCAGGAGGUGCGGCGCAGGCGUCGCUUCGAGAACAAGGUGGAGGCCAAGAAGCGGAAGAACAGGGAGAAUCAGCUGCGGGCAAAGCGAGUGCGGCAGUAUGGAAGCAGGGCGCAGAAGCCUAUGGCUGGCCUUCAAGGCCCCUCAGUCUUCACUGACCUGUUCGGCAGCCUGGACGACAUCUUCGCUGACGACUUUGACAAUGGGGCAACCCAGCAGCCGCGGCAGUACAACAACAACUACAAGGGCAAUGGAUCGGGUGGAAGCGGGAAGCCUUACAAUGGUGCCGCCAAGGCUCCGGGAAGCUUCACGCCGAGCCACACAGUCAACAAGCCUGUCCUCGCGGAGCAGCGAUGA